AUGGUGCGCCUGUUGCGGGUCAUCUCCGCGAGCCAGGACCACCGCGCCUGGUUCCCCAACGCCUCGGCCCUGCCCACGGCCCUGCGGCCCCGCACCUUCCACAACCUGACCCAACACAACCCCAGCAUGCGUGUCUUCCAGCUUCACCUUGCAGUCUCGACCGAAGUCUUCAACUACACCUUAUAUCAAGUCGAGGUGCCCACCGGCCGCACCUUCCAGGGGGUUGAGCUGUGGUGGAGCGAACCACCAUCGGCAGCCGCAAUCGUCGACGCUGAGAAGGUGGUCAAGCUGCCGGCCCACAGCUUCAUACUCGACCAGCCUGCGGGCGCCGGGUGGCGGUACCAGUUCAAGCCGGGGUUCAUGGAGCUGGUUGUACGAUGCGCGUUCUUCAUCCCGGAGGGCGAGAGGAUGCUCCACUUCCCCAAGCCGGCCCCGUUGCUGCCCACUGCUGCCCUCGCCACGCCGCGGGAACCGCUGCCGUCGGCGCCGUGGGCCGGCAUCAGCGAACUGGGCGCGAUCGUGCGGGCCACGGGCGACGACGCCCGGGUGCGAGUUGGCGUGUGGAUCACGAGACAGUUCACUUGGACGGCUGACGUCGACCUCUGGUUGCUGUGGACACUCGACGUCGUGGGCGUAGACCACGUGGUGCUCGAGCUGGCCUCGGUCGAUCUGGACAUCAAGGACGUCGAGCGGCGCCUGGCGCGGCACCCGGGGGUGCUGGAGCGGGUCACCAUCGUCGCCGUCGACGCGCCGGGCCGAGACUACAACGUCACCUACUGCCACCUGCAGGAGCUGCUCGUGUGGGACGGCUUCGUGCGGUUUCAGGCCGACUUCGACUUUGUGUUCCUGGUCGACACCGACGAGUUCGUGCAGCUGUUCAGCACCGAGCCGCCCUACGAGCGGGUCGACGUCAAGACCUUUAUCGCGCGCAACCGCGAGCGGGUGCUGGCCGGGGGGCACGCCUACCUCCACCGGCUGCGGGUCGCACGCACCCAGCCUAACCGCUUGGUCGAGCCCGGGCUGCCCGCGUUCCUGCGUGGCGUGUUGGGCCGCGACGGCGCCCAGAUGCAGACCAUGGCCACGGCCGGCGGCGGCGGGACCGAGGAGCAGGGCAAGAGCCUGUUCAACGUCAACGGCGCUGUGCAGCCCUACCUGCACUACAGCAUGGGCUACCCGAUGAACUUCACCGACGUCUACCCGACCCACAUGUGGGCGCAGGCGGAGGCCCACGUCUUGCAUAUCCGGGAGAAGCCGGACGAAAGCAAGCGCGCCGAGCCGUGGGCCAACGGCACGCUCACUUGGUGGCUGACCCUACUCGAGAAGAAAAAUAAAUAA